AGUUGUGGUUAGAUUGUUUUGUGUGUGUGUGUGUAUAUGUGUGUGUUGCUCGCCCUCCCCCUAUCUCCAUAACCCCUGUCCUAUUCUCUCCCUGUCUCUCUCUCUCUCUCCUGUUGUCCCAGCAUGGCUGCAGGAUGGCUGCCCUGUGGACUCUCUCUCUACUGCUCUCUGCCUGCCUGCUUUGGCCUACAUGUUUGGCCCUGACCCCCCCAGCUGAGCUCCCGCAGCCCCACAACCUGCCCCCCUCGCUGGGCUUGAACAGCAGCGAUGUCAGCCUGUCUGUGGAUCUGCCCAUGGCUCUGAGGGUUUUCAGCGUGGACUAUCACCAUGUGCAGGCUCCCUUUGAGAUUGUGCUGUGGAUCAUGCUGGCCUCACUGGCCAAGCUGGGUUUCCACUGGUCAGGUCGAGUCCCAGCCGUCGUCCCAGAGAGCUGCCUCCUCAUCAUGGUGGGCCUCUUGGUUGGAGGGGUGAUCUAUGGUGUCCGCCACUCUGCUCCUCCGACCCUCAGCGCUGACGCUUUCUUCCUCUUUCUGCUCCCGCCCAUCGUCUUGGAUGCAGGAUACUUCCUGCCAGGGAGGCUGUUCUUUGAAAACCUCGGCACCAUCCUCUGGUAUGCAGUCCUGGGAACCUUAUGGAACGUCCUGGGCAUCGGCCUGUCUCUGUACGGUGUGUGUCUGCUGGCCCAGAGCUCUCUGGGAGACGUCUCUCUGCUCCACUGCCUGCUGUUUGGCUCUCUGAUCGCUGCUGUCGACCCCGUGGCCGUGCUCUCUGUCUUCCAGGAGAUGCAUGUUAACGAACAGCUGCACAUCUUGGUGUUUGGAGAGUCGCUGCUCAAUGACGCCGUUACCGUGGUGCUCUACAAGCUGUUUGAGUCCUUCCUCCGUCUGCCGUCAGUGUCGGGACUGGAUGUGUUGCUGGGUGGGUGCAGGGUGGUGGUGGUGGGCCUCGGUGGCCUGUUUGUAGGCCUCUUCUUUGGCCUGGUGGCGGCCCUCACCUCAAGGUUCACCUCCAGAGCCCAGGUCAUUGCCCCGCUCUUUGUCUUCCUCUACUCCUACUUGUCCUACCUGACCUCAGAGAUGCUUCACCUCUCUGGCAUCAUGGCCAUUGUGACCUGUGCUGUGACCAUGAAGCAGUAUGUGGAGGCUAAUGUGUCUGAGCGCAGCAACACCAGCAUCCAGUACUUCCUGAAGAUGUGGAGCAGCGUGAGUGAAACCCUCAUCUUCAUCUUCCUGGGCGUGUCCACAAUACAGGAUGUCCACAUGUGGAGCUGGCCCUUUGUCUGCUCCACGCUGCUGCUCUGCCUCAUCUGGAGGGCCACAGGUGUUCUCCUGCUGACUGCUGUGGUCAACAAGCUGCGGAGGAACACUGUGACCUUUCGAGAUCAGUUCAUCAUCGCUUACGGAGGCCUGAGAGGGGCAAUCUGCUUCUCCCUCGUCUUCCUGAUCGAUGACUUCCCAAAGAAAAGACUCUUCAUCACAACUACCAUUGUGGUCAUCCUCUUCACUGUCUUUGUACAGGGGAUGACCAUUAAGCCUCUAGUAGAGCUGCUGGAUGUGAAGAGGAAGAAGAGGGCGCUGCCUACUGUCAGCGAGGAGAUCCACAGCAGGCUCAUUGAUCACCUGCUGGCAGGAAUAGAGGAUGUGGUUGGCUACUGGGGGCAACACUACUGGAAAGACAAGUUUGAGCAGUUCAACAAGAAGUACCUUCGCCGUUUCCUGAUCCGUGAGGAUCACCAGGCUCGCUCCAGCAUCCUCAGAGUUUACCAGGAGCUGGAGAGGAGGGAGCAGAGGGGAGACGAGGAGGCGCCACCACUAGUGGACCCUCGCUCCCACAGCCGUCCCCUCUUACCAGAGGAGAUGGACAGCAUCAGGCGAAUUCUCUCCAGAAACCUUCAAAACUUCAACAACAAGCAGACACCAGCCUACAGCAGACACACUCUGCACCAGGACGCCACCACGGACAGAACGAGGAAGCCUCUUUACAGACAUCAGAGUCUGGGAGAAAGAUACACAUAUAUUACACAGGUGGAGGAUGCAGAGUUCAAUGGCUGCCGCAGAGUGAGAGCAGGACUCAGCAGGUCUCACACAGUGUGCGCCAUCAGCCCGAGGCCCGUCCUCCAGGACUCAUCAGUCCCAGCAGCUUCAGCUCAGACCGGAGGGCCAGUGGAUCCACAAUCUUCAGCUGCCAGAGAGGAGCAGAUUUCUCCACAACAUCAGCAACCUGUGGGAAGAGCCCCGAAGAAACAACUCAGCUUUGUUUUGGAGAGCGAGAAGCAGCAGUGAAGGCAGACUGGGAGAGAGACAGAAAGGAGAAGGAGCGGAAAUGUAAACCAGUGAACUCAGUGUGUUCAGUCAAAAUGGCUCCAUAAAGUGAUAAGUACCUCAUAUUUAUUUAGCCAUAGAGUUGUGGGUUUCAAGACUUGAUAAAAGGUUUUUGCAAUUUCAUGGAUAUCUGCCAAU